AUGGAUGCAGCGAGAGGAGACACCACCGAACAAUUUGGUGCACAAGUCAGGCCAGCUUUGACCUUCCCUGCGGCAAGUUCCCAAGACGAAGGCGCCGCGCCCCCGGGGCCCCCGGCCAUGGCAGAGAACGGCACCAUGCGGCGGUGCUGCGUUUCUGCCGUCUCAGGGGAAGUGAUUCGCCGGCUUGAAGUUGAAAGCGGCGCUCGCUGGGCUGAAAGCCUGCGCGGCUCCUUCAGCUCUUCUGAAAUGAGGUUGGCAACAUUUCUGAAAGACACCACUGUUGUCUAUCCUGGCAGCAGUCGCGUGGGUGACGCGAUUGAAGAAAUAGAGCUGACGUACGUGCAGCAGCAACCCGCACGCUGCCUUCGCAUCGCAGUAGGCGUGCGGCACAACGACCAAGUGUUUUUCUUCACGAUGCCUGUGCUGGACAUUGCCUUGAGCGAAGAUCUAGACCUCAGAGUGUGCAAAAUUUCUCAGGGUCUGCAGCUAGUUCAAGAGCAAAGAGAGUGUGGCAGCAGACGGCUCGAGUCAUCAUUCUUGCAAUGGCUUUCAGAAACGGUGACGCCUGUUCCAGAAAUUCGACGCCGGAAGUUGCACGAAUUUCUGGAUGCCGACCGCAAAAACGUCACACUACCGCUUUUCAGAAUUGACGGCUGCUGGCGCCUUUGGCAGCGGACUUAUGAAGGACGUGCCCUGAACAGUGUCUUCGAGGAGGCCGAUGGAUGGCGGCUCAAGACUGCAAGUCAGGGUGCUGAGCGUGGCAGAGCUCAGGAUAUUGUGGACGCUUUCAACUUGAUUUUAUCACUUUAA